UGGGCUUCGAACAGUGUGUGUACGGAAUGCGAGUGACCUGGACAUGCUAUAGUCGUAGGAAGUAGCAGUUGUACGCUACACGCGCAGUUGGGUUGUUUUGCAAGUCAGAUAAGACCAAGGUUCGUCAACAUGUCCAUGGCAAUCUCGUCCUCCACUGCGCCGUAUCAUCACCAGAACGUCAGUUAUAGCGAGGCCGAGGCCCAAAUCGGCACCACCGUCUCUACCUCUUCGCAUGCCAUGAACAUGCAGUCUGGACAGGUGAACGUCAUGUAUCAGAAACUGGGCAACGAUUUCCUGCAGCACAUCCAGCAGCCGAGCAACAACGGGCUGCCGCUCGGUCAUCCCGGGGCGCAAUGGGUCGGCCUGUCAGCUCCGCACGCCGACGCCAGCCAGAUGUGGCAGGCUGCCGUACCGGCCCAGCUCAUGGGGCAGGACAUCAAGCCCAACCUGGUGGGCCAGACCAGGGAGGAGAUUCAGAAUUUACAUCACAGAGUCGGGCACGGCCAGCCGCCCUCCUCGUGGAAUUCCCCCUCGAACACACACAUGGCCAUGCCCAUGAGCAUGAGCAUGCCCAUGUCAACGUCUAACUCGCCCGGCCACCAUCUGGGACACUCACCUCACUACACUUCCUACGGCGCCGCCAUGGGCAUGAAUGGUAUGGUCAGUGGCGCUCAGCAGCUCUGCCAAGGUGGCAUCCCACGGACAAAUAAUUCAAACGGGUCACCAUUGGGGCACGAGAUGGCGCACAAUGGCCCCCCGAGUAAUGAGCCCGUGGAAGACUGCGAUGCGCCAACAUCGGACGACCUAGAGCAGUUUGCCAAGCAGUUCAAGCAGCGGAGAAUCAAGCUAGGCUACACCCAAGCUGAUGUCGGCCUGGCUCUGGGAACCCUGUACGGCAACGUCUUCAGCCAGACCACCAUCUGCCGGUUUGAGGCGCUGCAGCUCAGCUUCAAGAAUAUGUGUAAGUUGAAACCCUUGUUGGCAAAAUGGUUGGAGGAGGCGGACUCGACGUCUGGCUCUCCGACCUGCCUGGACAAGAUAGCCGCACAGGGACGGAAGAGAAAGAAGAGGACCAGUAUUGAGGUGACCGUGAAAGGUGCGCUGGAAAAUGCUUUCCUGAAGCAGCCCAAGCCGGCAGCGCAAGAGAUCUCUGGACUUGCAGACAGUUUGCAGCUGGAAAAAGAGGUGGUCAGGGUGUGGUUUUGUAACCGACGGCAGAAGGAGAAGCGAAUGACCCCGCCCAGCAGCCAAGGGAACAUUUCCGGUGGGGAGUCGCCCAACUCGGACACCAUAGUGUCGUCCCACAUGUCCAUGCACCAGCCUGUCAUCACGACCUUGUCGUCCCACCGGCACAGCUCGACCGGGUCACCGGUCCACCUAGGGGGCUCGUCCGUAUCACCACCGCCCAACCAUGUCUCCUCAGGCCUGGGACAGCAUGGCGGGCACUGACUGACUAAAGCCGGCCUGAAAAAAACAAAAACAUCCUACCCGCUUGCUAUCACAGCACCCGUAGUAGGUGAGGGACACCGUGCAUUAUAGCUCCCCCAUUUUUACCUCAGGACUUUAAAAAGUAUAUAUGUCUGAAAACAUAAACUUAAUCCUUUGUUGAGUGGAUCAAAGUCUGCCUAUCCACAGCAACCCAUAUAGUUCGUAUAAUCCCAGGUGAGCUAAAAAUACAAUUGAUUCAGAACUUUUUUUCAUCGCCCGUGAACCGAAUCGGUAACGUUAUACCACUGUGCUAACACGUUUUUCAAAAGGUGAAUAGGUUUUGGGGGCUCUCUUUCUUCGUGUCAAUCCAGUCCUUGCCAAACGCGCCGUUUUUGUGUAUCCACAUUUUGGAUGUCUUGUGAUGUAAUAAACGAUCUCUUGUACAUAAACAACACUCAUUCACAUGAACUGCUCGACAAAUACGGUACAAUCUGGUCACAAAGGCCUUGUAAAAAAAUCCCUUUUAAGAUAACACAUUUUUGCUCCUUAAUAUUAGAUUAUUUAUUGAGCUUAUAUGAAGCGUAUUGUAUUCUAUAUAUAAUCGUCAUCUGAAGAACUGAGGAAGGUUGGUAUUUACGAGUAGAAACACCAUUUCAAAAGUUUUUCAAGUUGGGUGAAGACUGCUGUUUCUCAGAGCAUGCCAACAUUGUAAACAGAGAGGAACGUCCUGAGACAUUUCACUUUUUUUCACGACGUUUCGAACAGAACAAAACUUUGCACUGAUAUUGACCAGGGUAUAUUUAUUAUGUAAAUUUUUGUCAGUGCUAAGCUUUACGAGGAACUUGUAUGUAUAUGUUGUUACGUAUUUGAGGUUCUCCUGGUUGUAUGUAAAUAUUGCAGGAAAUUGUCUGACUGUGAAAGGGGUGUAGGCGGCCGGGCGUGGUUUCAACUAUAGUGCUUCUGUUAUUUCAUCAUGAAAGACUAUUUUAAUUUGAACAGGUUUAAAAGUUUUAUAUCAAUUGAUUCUUGUUAUAAUGAUGGUAUAUUGGUCGAGAUAAUUUAACACUUCCACCAGCUGUUCAGAAUGAGUUCUGUAAAUAAUCCCACCUUUUUAGAGCUUUUCUGAAGUAUUUUUUAUGUUUGUGUUAUGUUUAUUAUUUAUUAUAAUUUUUAUCUGUGGACUGAUGGAACGAUGAAAAAACAAACUCGGCUCGGGGUUUUUCUGUAUAGAUCGACUGUCGAGCACAUCGGUCGUGGAAUACGAUAUUAACUUAGGCUUAUGCAACAUGAGCACUUUUGCACGCGUUGCUUGAAAUUGGAGAGAGCUUCUGUAAAGAGCCAAUUUACCUAACUUUAUUUGUCAAUUUCUAACAAAAGCAGACACCUCGGAGAUUACAGAGUGGGAGAAACAGCUCCCAAGUUCCAGCUCGAUAGCUCUCCAUGCCAAUUGGAAGAGCUUUCUGGUUGGCAUUGAGCAGGGAGUUUUUAACGCUUGCACUUAACUCGAUUUGCUGUACCGAAAUCAAAUCGGAAAGGGGAUAAUAAAAUUCCAAGCUCGGAACACAAACAACCUCUUUAGAUUUGUGCAUAAGAGCGUUCAUAGGGUGUCUGUCAGGGACUAGCGCGCGUACAAUAGCUGCCCGCUCGCCGCAGGGCCUGUAAGACAAGAGAAUCUGCGCCGUGAUCAGUUGGGUCAAGAGCAACUGUGCACGCCGGCUGAAGACGAACAAGAUGAACCCGUCUGGUUUAAGGACGCCGAGAUAUCCUCAGCCAGUCAGGUGUAUUUUUCUUAGCCGUCGUGCUGACAUCCUGAAGUAAGGUUAGAUGAAGUGUUCUGCUAUUGCAACAGUAGAAGCGGCGAACAAAGACCAUGCGACCCACGAUGUACUAUGGUAACUCGAUUAGUAAAGAUCGGCAUACUGGCAACUUCAUUCCGGGGCUGGCGAAUGCGAAGCCUGGCGUUUCGCGCCUAAAUCAUGCUAGUUAGUUACACGGUUGCCGCGGAUGUGUCGUGGAAACAGCUCACUCGCACAUCCAGAAAAAUCUUCGCUGUCUUCAAGUGGUGUUUAGAGUGUAUUCAGGCAAUGGAAAAGGCAUUUAAUGUGAAAAGCUUAUUUGGUACCGCAUGCCAAGUUCUUAAAUUUAUUGCUCAAAGGUACGAAGGUGCAAGUUGGUGUGAAUGAGGUGAAAAUACAUGUGGUCAGUAAUCGUUCGUUGAAACGUUUUUCAUUCCUUCCUACGCAUAGACAAUUUCCAUGACUUUUCAAGAGGUUUUUAAUUGAUGUUGGCCCGUGCGCUCAACCGUAAAUAACGGUAUUAAUUGUCAAAAAAUAGACUUUGAUGUGUUUAAUUUAGACUGCUCUUUUUACGAAGGGUUGUACUCCUUUUCCUCGGUGGUUAAAAAUUGAAAUUACUUUCACUUUCCAUUUUCCCAGAACUAAAUCCCGGGGAACUUCGAGGUGAAUUCUGUCACUGAUGUUGUACGCUGACUUUACAGAACUUCUGUCGAAUUAAAAUGAAUCGCAACGCUAUACAUGAGUAGUCCGGAUUUUGGAAUUAGACUGUUAAAAGUGUCAAUUUUAAGAGUGGUUUUGUCACUGUUCACUUUGUGCAUUUGAAUUCAAUUGGUGCUCUCCAGAUUAGUAUGGUUACUGUGUUAACCGCAACACGCAAUAUUUCACAGAAACACAUGUUUGGGUGUAUUUUCUUUCUUUGAAAAAGGCUUCUGUCGGAGAUAAUUAUCCCUGUUAAACGUAGGUUUUUUUUAAUGACACCAUUUUGUGAUCUUCUUUGACGCAAAAAUUUGAGUCUCAUCCGAUGACCCGUGCCAUUAUUUUUUUCCGCCUUCAGUUGAGAUCACCUUCCCGAUUUCCGGGGGUCAGUGGGAUGCACGUGUCUUUGUUCCCAUAAAGCAUUGCCGCGCGCAGUGACAUUUGGCAAAAAUGCACUCUCAAAUUGGUUGUUAUCAAAAAUCAAGCCGAUGUAACGAAACUAAUUAAGCAUCCCGUACCGUUUUGUAGUGGUAAUUGCUUGCCCGAUGGGGUUUUUAAGCUUUGACAGCGCGAAGGCAAAAUCAACACCCUGUUUCGUUUGGUUGAGAGAACAACCCGGCGAACAGGUGUGUGCAAAGUGCGGUUGGUUCAUUCGAAAUGAAAGGCAGAAUAGAAUUUCUUGCCGUUUAAAGCCUAUAACUGAGUUCAUUAAUGAAUUUGUUCAGCAUCGAUUGUGUCUAUUUCUGAAUGAUUCAUUACCUGGGGAACCGUCCGGUCAUAAUACAUGUCCUAGUAUCAAAAUCCGCUCGAAAAGCGCAGUCGUAAAAUGCGUCAGCACAUGCACGUUGCAAAAUUAAUGGCUUUACAAUUGCCCACGUAGUGAAUUGAGUCGUCAUUUCUGUGUACGUACCAGGUUAAUUUGUGGUGACGACAUGCUAGUUUCCGACUGCCCCAAAUUUGUUUUAAAAUAAAACUUUGGUAUUUUGGCCCGUUCACAGUUUGUUUUCAAAGUUGACAAUGCCCCAGCUGUGUGCCUGCGGUGAUCCACCAGAGAGCAGUUUUGACACCACGCCGACUGCAGAAAUGUCGAUUUUUUGGGGGUCGUCUUUUUUUCUUUUUGGUUUGGUACCACAAGUGCUUGACACCUUUCGCCGUACACUACCGCGAUUGCUUGGUUGCAGUUCAAAUAAAAUGGGUUAUUGGUAGGCCCUGUGAAAAAAAGCAAUGUUGCUUCACCCGGUGAGAGCAAACAAACCAGCCCCGUGCGGGCUUCAGUUCGUCACCACCUCACGGUGCCCAGUUUCCCCCGGCAAACUCGCCAGUCAAUAAGUUCUGAUGUUGGAGCCCAGGGAAACAAAAAUGAAGAGGGGGGGGGCAUUGCUCGGAAGAACAACAAGCCUGACGGGUUGGCCCGUUUAUCGUGUCCAGUCACACCUGUGUCAGUCAGCGUGGCAGAUGUUCUUCUCUGCCACGUCAUGGGCCCUAAUCGUUCCUUUCAGGAGCGAGGCAAACCGUCCCAAUUGUGGCCGUCACGUCUCUAGUAACUAGCCGUCUAAAUGUUUUGCCUCUGCGGACGGGACUAGGCCCAUGGAGGGGCUCCCUGACAAAAGGUUUCCCGUUCACCAAAGGACGGGACAUUGUCGUGCCGAAUUCAAUACAAUCGGUACGGCCACAGACUCUUUCAGCAGCCGAAGUGUUUUUUUUCCUUUUUGAUCCAAGGUAAUAUUUGCAGAGAAACCUUUUCCGACUCCAAACGGUCGUGGUUUUAAGAAUGCCUUAGUUUUGGGUGAAGGCUUUUCGAGUAAAAAAUGAUUACGCGUGCAAAUAUGAGCAUAAGUACCGGUGCCAACUCAAGAAGAGAAAUAAAUGUAACGGAAAUGAUGUUGCUUAGUGUUGGAAGACAUUCAGGGACACGCGCAUAUAGGCCUAAUUAGAAACUGUUGAUGUCAAAUUUCUGAGAGGAAUUUGGAACUCAGCAGAAGGUAUUUACUGGCGUCAAUAAUAUAAACAGAGCGGAUAAAUGUAGAAAAAGUAGGAGUGUUUUCGUGUAACCGCUGUCUGCACGUAUGCCUAUGCGUAUACACGUAUUUACAUUCGUGAAAACUGUCAUGAAGAUAGCAGUUUAAUUUGGGCUAUUUAUCGGGGAUUUCUUCGUUAACAAAUUAUGUGGAAAAAAUGGAUGUAAAGUUCUGAGAGGCUAGGAUGUGAGAAUUUAUUUAUUUUUUAUAGAAUCUCCUCUUUUGGUCUAAUAUUUUGAGGUUGGAUCGUUUUUGCAUUGAUAGAAUUUACGAAGACGUAAAUUAAUAAUAGACCUUACUAACAGACUAAUGUGCCCAUGAAGCCCUGAACGGUCAUUUCGCAUUUUGUCAGCAUAGCAGUGAUAAAACUAUUUACUUUUAAAUUAUGUCUACUGGAAAUACAUGAUCGAUUCUCAUUCAGGCAAAA